UUGAAAACUGAAAACAGUUUUACAAAACGCUAUCAAACAGGGUCUAAAAUUUUGAUUUGAUCUCGAAGUAAUUUUCUAGGGUUUAGUAUUGAUUCUUGAGAAACCCUACGUGGGUUUUGCAGAUUAGGUAUUCUUCAGUCAAGUUUCUUGUUGAGUUCGAAAUUAGGGUUUUGAAAGAUGAGUGAUAACUUGAUGGAAAAAGUGAGUGCUUUUGGGGGAAAAUUGAAGAUCGAAGGAGUUGAAAUAGGUAAAAAGAUGACAGCAGGAAUGAACUCGAUGAGUUUUAAAAUGAAAGAACUAUUUCAAGGCGGAGUAGGAGGAUCAAAUCAAGCUGAUAAAUUUGUUGAAGAAGCAACUUCAGAGACAUUAGAUCAACCUGAUUGGGCUACUAAUCUUGAGAUCUGUGAUAUGAUUAAUAGUGAACGGAUUAAUUCUGUUGAUUUUAUUCGUGGAAUUAAGAAAAGAAUUGUAUUGAAAAAUCCUAGGGUUCAGUAUUUGAGUUUAGUUUUACUUGAAACUUGUGUGAAAAAUUGUGAGAAAGCUUUUUCUGAAGUUGCUGCUGAAAGGGUUUUGGAUGAGAUGGUUAAACUUAUUGAUGAUCCUCAAACUGUUGUCAACAAUCUGAACAAAGCGCUUAUUUUGAUUGAAGCUUGGGGUGAAUCGGCUAAUGAACUUCGAUAUCUACCCGUUUAUGAAGAAACUUAUAAGAGUUUGAAAUCAAGAGGCAUUCGGUUCCGGCGUGACGAUGAGAGUUUGGCCCCUAUUUUUACUCCUGCACGUACUGUUGCAGAGUCAGAAGUAAUUAGUACUCGAUCACAUGAGGUUCACAAACACCAAGUGCCAAUGCUAUCUGCAGAACAGACAAAGGAGGAGUUUAAUGUGGCCAGAAACAGUAUUGAACUUCUCUCAACUGUUUUAUCCUCUUCUCCACAACAAGAUGCGUUACAGGAUGAUUUGACCACGACACUCUUUCAACAAUGCCACCAAUCACAAUUAACAGUGCAAAGGAUCAUUGAGACAGCAGGUGACAAUGAAGCAGUUCUCUUCGAAGCCUUGAAUAUCAAUGACGAAAUCCAAAAGGUCCUUUCCAAGUAUGAAGAACUUAAGAAGCCAUCUGUUGCCCAUGCUGAAGCAGAGCCCGCAAUGAUACCCGUAGCUGUUGAACCCGAUGAAUCCCCUCGUCUCAGUAAAGAAGAUUCCUUGAUCAGGAAAUCAGCAGGUUCUCGCAUCCCACGAGGGGGUGAGAAUGAUGACAUGAUGGAUGAUCUAGAUGAAAUGAUCUUCGGCAGGAAAUCAGGGGCUACGUCUGAGGCAGGGCAGGAUGGUAAUAAGAAGCCAUCACAACCAAAAGAUGAUCUUAUCAGCUUUUAGACUUUCACGAUACUUGCAGAAUCUGUGUUUUUAGGCCAUGUGAGGUCUUCUUGAUGAUGUCCUUAGUAAUGUUGAUGAAAACUUGCAACUUCAUAAGAAGGAAGUUACAGAACUUCUCUGACCACAUCAUGUUAGAAUUGUUUUAAACUGCAUAUUACUGCAAGUAUAAUGUUCAUAGACAGGCUUGACCCCGGUAUAUACAGAAAGAUUUAUUUUGUUUUAUGUGUACUGAUUCUUGAUCGGUUUGUUGACCAGACUUGGAUUAUCUGUAGGCACGACUGUAUUUCUUUUGGUUGCUGCUGUUUUAGAAUCUUUUCAUAGA